AAGCGGUAAGAAAGGAGGAAAACGACGAUGGUCGACUACGGCGUAUUCUACAUCGUACAUUUCUACUUCUACGUCGCUAUUUGACUCUCUCACAACGCUUGAUAUAAUGAUAUAUUAGGUCAUUCGCCAUUUUGUCGUUUGUACUCACGACUUUGUUGGUCGUCGUUUGACUGUUUCGUUUUUAACUUGCGUAUACAACACGGAAUAAUUGUUGUACACUUUUGUCCUUAACCUUAAUAAAUUGAAUUUUUCGCGAACAUACGUAUACCUAUAUCUGUUUAAACCAUGUUUGUACGCGUCUUACGUGACUUCUGCCGACAAACGGCCGCCGUCUCGGGCAGAGAAAAUGUCAAUCGUUUGAUACAUAUAGCUGUGCCAUUGGAAAAGAACAGAGACCGUCGAAGUUUCUUGGCCUCGGUUCCUCGUAAAGACGAAGGUACCGAAGGCGAGAAAUUCGUUUUCAUUGAUUCCGCAAUUACCAAGAAAGAAGAUAUGUUCCCUGACAUAAAUACGCCUAAUAUGCAUUUUGGGGGAGUUAAAUUCUCAGAUGUACCUGUUUGUCACAUUAAAUCAUCUAGGAACAAUACAAUACUUCAUGUCACUAAGCCUAAUGGUGAAAGGAUAAUGAUCAGGUCUUGUGGUAUGGAAGGAUUUAAAAAUACUAGAAAAGGAACUAAUAUAGCAGCUCAAGCUACAGCAAUUGGUUUAGCUACAAGAGCAUUAGAUUUUGGAAUUCAUACAGUUCGUGUAACAAUUAAUGGAUUAGGACCUGGGAGAAUGUCCUCAAUAAAAGGUUUAACUAUGGGUGGCCUCAAAAUUAUAUCUGUGACAGAUGAUACUCCAAUUUCAUGGAAUCCAUUGAGAUCAAGAAAACAACGAAAGUUGUAAUUAUGAUAUGUUGUAAGUAAGUCUGAAAAUAGUUAAUUAUAAUUUAUUGUGAUCAUAAGAUUAAUGUAAAAAAUCUAUCGAUAUUAAAUAAAAAUUAUCAACUUUUAAAAUUA